CCUGCCGGACAAAUAUAGAGGAGCGCAAAGCCUCUUAGGACAGAGCCCGCUUAGGAUUCCCUUUCAGUGCGCGGCAUCCUUGAAUAGACCCCACAAAGAUACUUAGGGCCAAAUCCCUCCCAGGUAUUUAAUUCUAAAUGAGUAAUUACUGGGUGUGUCUCGGGCGGGAAUGGCUCGGGUAAAGGAGCUCAUUCUUUGAGCGGCUCGGGAGAGUGAGGAGGCCCGCCCGCCGGCACAUCCUCGGACACGCACGCAAUCAGGCACGCCGCAGCGGCCGCCGUCAGGAGAGAAGGUCGCGUAAGGGGGGAGCGCCGCCGCAAACAGCUGCCGAGAUGUGCGACAUGGGGGGUCUAGAUAACCUGGUGGCCAACACGGCCUACCUGAAAGCCCAGGGCGGCGACGACAAGGAGAUGAAAAAGCGCCGUCGCAGCUUGUCGCUGCCCAAGCCGGAGCAGUGCGCGGCGACGCGAAGCUCCGUCGACAAGGACUACGUCUCGCUCUGCGAACGGCAGCCCAUCGGGAAAAAGUUUUUCCGGCAGUUCCUGGCCGGCACCGCCCAGUACAAGCUGGCGGCCGAGUUCUUGGACGAGCUGUACGACUGGGAUCUGGCCGAAGGGGCCGCCAAAGACAAGGCGCGCCAGAACAUCAUCAACAAGUACUGCAAAGCCGACUCCAAGAACUUCUUGACCUUCCUGAGCGGGGAGGCCGCCGACAAGUGCAAGUCGGUGACCGACGCCACCUUCGAAGAGGUGAUGAAAAGCAAGGUCCAGGAAGGCGUCAGGGAUUAUUUGAAGGGCAAACCCUUGACAGAUUACCAGGCCAGUCCUUUCUUUGACAAAUUUCUUCAGUGGAAGGAAUAUGAGAAGCAGCCCAUCAGCGACAAGUACUUCUACGAGUUCAGGACCCUGGGAAAAGGUGGCUUCGGAGAGGUGUGCGCCGUCCAGGUGAAAAACACAGGCCAGAUGUACGCCUGCAAGAAGCUCUGUAAAAAGCGACUGAAGAAGAAGGGUGGCGAGAAGAUGGCCCUUUUGGAGAAGAAGAUCUUGGAGAAGGUCAACAGUCUGUUUCUGGUCAACUUGGCCUACGCUUACGACACCAAGACCCACCUGUGCCUGGUCAUGACCUUGAUGAACGGAGGAGACCUCAAGUACCACAUCUACAACAUUGGCUACGACGGCAAGGGCGCGGACAAGGGCAUCGAGAUGAAGCGCAUCGUUCACUACACGGCCCAAAUCACCACCGGGAUUCUUCACCUGCACGCCAUGGACAUCGUUUAUCGCGACAUGAAGCCCGAGAACGUCUUGCUGGACAGCUUCGGCCAGUGCCGCCUCUCGGAUUUGGGUCUGGCCAUCGAGAUCGCUCCGGGCAAAACCGUCUCCCAGAUGGCCGGCACCGGAGCGUACAUGGCCCCGGAGCUUCUGAACAAAACCCCGUACAGGACCUCGGUGGACUGGUGGGCGCUGGGCUGCAGCAUCUACGAGAUGGUGGCCGGCUACACGCCUUUCAAAGGGCCCGAGAGUAAAAAAGAGAAGGUGGAGAAGGAGGAGGUGCAACGGCGCAUUCUCAACGAGGAACCCAAGUGGGAGCACAAGUUUUUCGACGCCACCACCAAAGACAUCAUCCAGCAGUUCCUCAAGAAGAAAAUAGACGAGCGUCUGGGCAUGAAGGACAACAUGGAGGAUCCCAGGAAGCACCCGUGGUUCAAGAGCAUCAACUUUCCCCGCCUGGAGGCCGGCCUGGUGGCGCCGCCGUGGACGCCCAAGCCCAACGUGGUGUACGCCAAAGACACGGGCGACAUCGCCGAAUUCUCCGAAAUCAAAGGCAUCGAGUUCGACGCCAAGGAUGACAAAUUCUUCAAGGAGUUCAGCACGGGCGCCGUGGCCAUCCAGUGGCAGACGGAGAUGAUCGAGACGGGACUUUUCGACGAGCUCAACGACCCCAACAGGAAAGAGGGCGGCGGCGGAGGCGACGAUGACGAAAAGAAGUCCGGUACUUGCGCGUUGCUGUGAGAAGCUACGGAGCCCGGCCCGGUAUACGCCGCGUUAGUACGGACCGACCGCUUCCGCCGGCCGCUAGUCUUCUCCCGCUCCUCGCCACGCCGCCCUCGGCGGCCCAGAUGAUUCACCCGCCGUUCGGCCGAAAGCUCCGCGGCUCCGAGACCCGAUAGGGGCGACGUUCGGAAACUAGUUGCAGCGGUCCGAAAACCAGCCGUAGUUGAGUUUUGAUGUCAAAAAUGCCCUAAACUGCAACGAGCGGGAGUUCCCUGUCAUUUAGAAUUUUGUCAACAGGAAAUGUCCAUUGGUGGUCUCGCGCACGCAAAUAUCCAACGAGUUGACCAAGUAAGAGUAAUGUCAAAUAGAAGAAAACGGACCGACUUUUUCCACUCAACUCCCAAGACGGUUACUUGUUCCAAACGGAAAUACUGGUUCGACUACUUGAAUUGACAAAGAAGCAAAUUCGGCUCAUAGUCCGUGGCACUUUUACUGUUUAGGUUAUUAGAUUCUUUGAACAGUCUGUCGGAUUUUAGGCAACAUCAAACAAUUCACGUUCCGCCUUAUGAGUCUCCAAACUAUGGAAGCAAACAAAGUGCAGAUAACACUAUUGAAAUGUUGACUGAAGAAAAAGCCCCCAUCAUUGCUACGAACUCUAAUAAACACGUCAUCUGAAAAUGGACGAGAAUUUAAAAAAAAGUACUUUUAUUCCUCAUGAGUUUGUUCAUUCAAUUAUCGCCAUCUAUCGUCAAGUAUGGCCAUCUAUCGGUUGGAAGUGAAAUUGCACCCAAAAUAUUGAAGCGGCACAACAAAUUGGCGGCACUGUAAAUGGGAGUCUGUUUGUUUGAAUUUAGUUUUUUUUAUUGGGAGGGGGCUAACUAUUUAUGUACUGCAUCUUACUACUGAACCUUAGACAUAACUACGGAUGUUAAAGUUGAAGCGGAGCCUGGGCAGACACGCUCCGCCCGUGAAAAGUGCUUUUGAACUAUUGUAGUUGAAUUUCAAACCUCUGACCUCUUUGUCUCUUUAAAGCCAGUGUAAAUAUUGUACAGACGCAGAGGAGCGGCAGCGUCGAGUACCUUUUUAUGUCGGUGCUAUGAGGCGGAUAGCCGCCUUUGGACGCCGCCGUUACCUGAGAACGGAAAGGACAUUUUAGAUAAGCCGUUGCCGUCAAUAACUCAAAACGGACGCUGCUGCCGAUUCCACCUCGGGAGAAUUUCAAAAGUGUGAAAAAAAUACCCUUCCGGUCGGUUCCCUCGAUUCUCCUGAGAACAGGCUGAGCCUUUUCAGGGCGCUAGCUAGAACAAUUGAUCCGAAUGAAGGUUCUUUCCACCCUAACCCUUUCAAGCUCCGGUUUAUACAGUUAUCUUAAGACUUAAUGUACGUACUUGUAAAUACUGUAUAAGGUCAGACGCAAUUUAACGUAGAAGGAUCGAAAGUGAUAUUGCAUUCAAUAAAGUGCAAAAAUGUAUGUCUUUUAAAACCAGUCUGGUUGUUGUUUCUUACAGAAAAAGGCGAUCGAGAGGGGAGAGAAGGGUCGUGAUGAAAGGGACCAAAACAAAAGCUGUAGGUUGAUGGGUUUGUUUCUGAGCGUAGGGUUAGGCUUAUGGACAAGAUCUGUUUUGUCAAAUUUCCGAGCAAUGACUGAUCUCGUUCAUACUGUGUUGUUUGCACAUGGUAAAAUACUUGUAUAGCGCUUUUCCACCUUUCAAGGUGCUUUACACUACGUCACCAUCCACCUACUGGUCGCACCAGGAGCAAUGUGGGGUUCAGUAUCUUGCUCAAGGCAAGUCCAUCAUGGCAGAGAAUCCACUGAUGCACUAGGCCUUUUCUCCUUCUCCCAAAAAUCCCAACGUCUCAAUACAAGGUCACGUCAUUCAUCCUAAUUUACCGAGGCACCGACAUGAAUUUGGAGCACAGCCACGACGGAACUCUAUCACGCGUUGAUGUUUAUCAUCCUCUUUUAUGAAAGACGGCUCGAUUUGGACACGCCCCGCUGUUGAACCGCGAGGGCCUCCGACCUUCCCGCUUCAACGCCGGCCAAGGCGUUUGUUUUAUGAUUACGCUAUACCGUGGUACAACGCGCUCACGGUAUCAAUAGCACGAAUCGUGCGGGCUGCGCUUUGCUUCAGGCCUGGACCGGACUGACUGACUUCACCAGGUCUUAGCUGAUAAAGGGAUAACCCUGCUUUAUCCUUUCGCCUUCUUUGCGUAAAUCGUCCUCAAAUCCCUUAAGCAUCGCCAACUGCCAAGACGAGCGCGGGCAGAUGACGCCCGACUAUAGGCGGAGUUUGACUUUUGUGGCGGGGCAAAACAUGUUGAUGACCCCGAAACGCAGCGUCGUCAGCAAUAAAAUUAACUUACCAGAUAUAUGCUCGGAUAGUCGUCUAGCCGUACGCUCGUACGUACAAUCAUCCCAGCUCUGCGUGUGUGAGUUUUUCUGUCUUUCUUAGUGGAGAAGUAGACACCACAUCCUUUUUUGACUGAAUACUCCAGCCAGCAAAGAAUAUUGAUAAUAAGAAGUUGAAAAUGAGUGUUUUUUUGUUUCCCAUCAUUUUUGAGGGGAAUUCUGAAUCAGGCUGCUGAGGACACCUAUGGCUUCGGCUAAGGUCGUCGUCCAUUGAAUAGGGUACGUCCAGUGGUGGCUCUGUUGUACAAUGAACAUCUUUAGCCGGGCAAACUGAAACUCGCUCACCAUUUUGGGGGUGCUAUCCGGUGUUUCACGGUGCACAUCUUCAAUCCUUGGUUUUCACUCACAAGUCGUCUCUUUUGAAAGCUUGGGUUUGAAAAAAUGAUGCCUCUUCUGUCCUCAGGUGGUUUUGGCUAAGCAAAGCAAAUGACUGCCUCUCAGGUGCUAGUCACAUGAUCUGAUCGAAAAAUAAUGUUGACCCACUAGAAUUGUUUUUUUUUCUUCGUUUCAUUCAUUUUUGUUUUUUUUUUGCUUUACAACUGUUAUAGACAACCUUUUACUGGCAAAGUCUUAUUUUUAAAUUAAUAUACAGGAAAGUCAAUUACAUGCAAUGACAUUUUCAGCCACCGGGGGGCGGGUUAUGCCUCCCCCUUAAUAUCCACCUAUGCGCUGGCCUGUUAUUGAUUGACCGUGUUAUUGAUAAGAAAUGCCAUUUAAAUAAAAGUUCGUAUCGGGGGCAAAUUCUGCAAAUACGCCGGCGACACCGCGACGGCUCGGCGGGCCCGACUCGAAAAAGGAACCGUAGGGGACUCCAAACCCUCACAGGUUACCCCUCGGAAACAGCAGCCGGUGCCUCGUGCGAGGACGGAGUCGGCGGCGCACGCGGGUGGCAAAAGACAACUGCUUCCAGUGGAAGGAGACAGAUGAGAAAAUGGGAGGUCCCGCAAAAGUCACGGUGGAACAGAAGCAACCCUGCUGAAUGUUAUCAGCUGAAAAAAUGGAAGAAAUUACAAAGGCUUCAAAGCAUAAUAAUAAUAUGCCAUAAUUUUUUUUUAAACUGCUAACAAGUGGGGAAAAGAAAUACCAUUUACUUGUUUUUUUUUGUCUUCUGGGGACUCCGAGGUGGGUCCUCCUAUGUCUGGGGUUGAAGUCAGCAAGGUGGUUUAAAAGCUCCUUGGCGGCAAAGCCCCAGGGGUGGUUGAGAUCCGCCCAGAGUUCUUAAAGGCUCUGGAUGUUGUGGGUUGUCUUGGUUGACACGCCUCUGCAACAUCUCGGGGACAGCAACUUUUUUUUCUUCUUUUCAAUCUGUGAAAUCGAAAGUAGUUUAC